AUGGAGGCGACUCAGGAGUCAACGCAGCCAUGCACAGAUCCUCGCCGUGUGGGCCGAAGCAAUUCUGGCUUAUUAGGGGAGGAUGUGUCUGACAUCCUCUGCAUCCUUCACCCGAAUUCUAUUGCGGCUCAUGAAGCUGUCUCUGCAACUGCUGUACUUGCUCCGCAACACAUCCUACAGAAAGAUGAUCUGGAAUACGAGGGCUCAGACAGCGCAGCGCUUGAUAUUGCUCUCAGGCUGUCGUCUAACGUGCAAAAUCUAAGCACGGGUUUUUGUUUCGGCCGCAGUAAAGCCCGCUGCGAUCUCUUACUGUGCCCCGACGAUAAUUCGAAACGAAUCUCAAACACCCACUUUCGUAUUCACGUCACGCCUGAUGGAAUUCUCAUGCUAGAAGAUCUCUCGACUAAUGGGACCGUCGUGGACGACUUUCGUCUUCGGAAGAACCAGAAGGAAAACAGUCGUAUGCUGACCAACGGCUCUGUCAUACAAGUGCUACGCGGGAACAGCCCUUCUGACGAAGUAAGGUUCGUGGUGCGUAUCCCCUCUCGAGAUGGUCUCGCGAUGCAGUACACAGAGAACUUGCUUCAUUAUUUUGAGCGAGUCCAAAGACAUCAAGCAGGUGCUGUUCAGCAUAGAGCCCGCCAAGGCCAAGCACGCACUCCUCUCCAUUAUUCCGUCGCUAAUGCAUACGGUAUGAACUGGGCCGGCGGUUCCACGUACAAUGUGACCGGCCAGAUUGGGCACGGGGCUUUUGCAACGGUGUACAAACUCGCCACGAAACAGCAUGGGAUCGUGUACGCUGCUAAGGAACUCGAUAAGAUGCGAUUCAUGAAAAAUGGAGUUUUGGAUCAGAAAGUGGACAAUGAGUUGAAAAUUAUGAAGGAUCUCCGCCAUCCUAAUAUUGUGCAAUACAUCGACCACCAUGAACAUGAGCGCUGGAUCUACAUUAUCAUGGAGUACGUCCCUGGCGGAGAACUUGCCGCUUAUCUUCGGUCUCAUGGCAAAAUCCCUGAGGAUAUGGUCCAAACGUUGGCGCGCCAGAUUCUACAUGCACUGAAUUAUCUCCACAAACGCAAGAUUACGCAUCGUGAUAUCAAGCCCGAUAACAUUCUGAUCGCGUCACUUGAACCCCUCAAAGUCAAGUUGUCAGAUUUUGGGCUGUCCAAAGUUCAGGAUGAGACGUUCCUAAAGACCUUCUGCGGUACCCUUUUAUACUGUGCACCAGAGGUGUACCCAGAAUAUGAGACCUAUCGGCGGGGCGAAAUAAGAAAAAGGCGCCGGCUGGGAGAUCCACCUCCGAAAACAUCCCCUUACGACCAAUCUGUCGAUAUGUGGUCCUUUGGUGCAGUGCUCUUCCACAUUCUUUGCGGUAUCCCUCCAUAUACAGGCCGUGGUGACGACCGAGGGGCUCAGAUGUUGCGAACUAUCAUGACUACGGAACCCGACUAUGAUUUGCUUCGUCGUGAAGGCAUCUCAGAAGCUGGUAUUGACUUCGUUGCCCGGUUGUUGAAUCGUGACCCUCAUUCCCGACCAAAGGAGGCUGAGUGCUUCCGGCACCCUUGGAUACGGGACGUAGUAGACGUGGACGAGUACGACGAUUACGAAGGCGAUGUUCAGCCUGCCCAGAUGGGUGCCCUGUCGGAUAUCGGUGAGGACCUGGAAGACGAGCUUGACGCGUCGCAAAUUUCCCUCAAUGAGCCGGAGGCAGAAGGUGCGAGUGACGAGAGCCAUGAUUUGGCGCAAUCGAAGAGGCCCAGGAUCGACUAUCCCCCGGCGGAAAUCCACUAUCCAUCACUUCCUCUUAUCGAAAGCUUCAAGAAUGUUCGUCCGGUUGCUGAAUCCACACCAAGACGUCUCUUCGGGGAGAUCACCUCGUCCGCUCUCCGCAGUUCAAACGUCCUCGGAGCUAGCAUAGAUGUUUUCGAUGGCGAUGACCUUAGCGUACAUGACUUCGUCUCUUCAACUGGUGAGUCGAUUAUCAGCGACGGCAACAGCCUGAAUUCCAUCCUCUCCCUCCCGGAUAACCCCUUUUCUGGAUCCGCGCCAAGCUUGAUGGGAGCUGAGAAUCUCGUUGGGCAGCUGAACAUGAACUCGUGGCACCCUGGCACUUCGACCCACGCUCCCCCGGUCGUCGUAACGCCGGCUCUGAAAACUAGUACGGUCGAGCAGACAACCGAGCAGGUUCGUCGUUCGGAGACCAGGACAGGAGCGCCUUUCAAUGAUGCGACACCCAAAGCGUCCAAAUUCAGCCGCCGAAUCGAGCUACCGCUCCCCGAUACUGCCAGCGAACGGUCCAGUGAGGAGGCAACCCGAGAAAACACAGCUGCUCCUUGCGACGAUCCCGAGGCGGGUGCUGGUGAGAUCUUCGAUAUCGAACUGGCAGUCACGAUUGACGCUCGAACGGGCCGACAAGUCUCCCGUCCGCCUGAAACUUCAACGACCAACGACAUUUCUGAUGCCCCGCGGGAUGAGGCCCCUGUUCAAGUCCCUCAACAGAUUUCUCUUCACCGACAUCAUUCCCCGCGACCUCUCUUGGGAAAGCUGGCAACUCUUCCGGGUUCGAUCUUUGACCUGACGAUUUGCCUGGAGGACCGGAUGACAUCCUGGGGACGUGGUCCGCAGGCGACCAUCUGCCACCCCGACCCGAUGGAUACGCGGAUUCCUGCGUAUGCAUUGGAGGUCACUUUCUGGGCCCCAGCUAUCGAAUCGCAAAUCGCUGCGGGACGUGACUGGAUGACCGUACCUGGAGUGAUGGCUAUCCUCUCAACUAAGACUCGCAAAUGCAUUUGGGUCAACGAUACGGAGCUGCGUCGAGGAUCCGAUGGAGACGGCAGCCGGGAGGGAUUCCAUUUCGGAAAAUUAUACAGCGGCGACAUCAUUACCGUCUACAAGAAUCGGAACAAGUUUCUGAAACUCCAAUGCGAGUUUUACCAUGGGGAUAGUGCGCGUUCGCGGCCGGAUGAGGAAAAGGGAUUCUUGGUGCGGAAGGUGUUAAUGGCUAAGGAAGGGGGGGCCACCAAUCGACAGCCUCUACGCAAGGAUACCGAGGGCAAAAUGAAGAAACCGGCUCUUUUUGUCUGA